AUGCCCAGUCCCAUUGAGACCACUGGCAAGGUACGAUACCCAGUCCCAUUGAGACCACUGGCAAGUCCCAUUGAGACCACUGGCAAGGCAGUGUACAUAACGUCCACUCUGCCAUACGUGGUCCUCACCAUCUUCCUGAUCAGAGGACUGACUCUCAAAGGUUCUCUGGAUGGAAUAAAGUUCCUCUUCACACCUGAUCUAAAUGAGUUGAUGAACCCGUCUACCUGGCUGGAUGCAGGUGCGCAGGUGUUCUACUCUUUCUCCUUGGCCUUUGGAGGUCUCAUCUCCUUCUCCAGCUACAACUCUGUACACAACAACUGUGAGCAGGACGCCGUGAUCAUCUCCAUCAUCAAUGGCUUCACAUCAGUCUACGCUGCUACAGUCAUCUACUCCAUCAUAGGCUUCAGGGCCACAGAGAGGUUUGACGACUGUCUCGAAGGAAACAUCUUGGCCCUGCUGAAUGCUGUCAACCUUCCUGAGGGCAACAUAACAGAAGGCAACUAUGCAGAAUCCCUACAGAAUCUAAACGGCACCUUCCCAGAGAUCAUCCAGAGUCUGGACCUCAAAACCUGCGACUUGCAAACUUUCCUCAGUCAGGGUGUGGAGGGAACUGGUCUGGCCUUCAUCGUGUUCACAGAGGCCAUCACCAAGAUGCCUGUCUCUCCUCUCUGGUCCAUCCUGUUCUUCAUCAUGCUCUUCUGUCUGGGACUGUCCACUAUGUUUGGCAGAACUUGGGUCAAUAUUCAUUAA